UUUUUUUUUUUCUUUCUCUCUUUUUUUCGUGUUCCUACCUUUUAUAUACAUAUCUAUAUUCUGACAGAAGCAAAAUGACUUUUGAUCAAGCAGCUGUUAUUCAUAAUGAAUUAAAGGAUGUUACUAUGGACGAUAUUUUUAGUGAUAACGAAGACGAAGAUAUUAAUCGAAUGGACUCCAAUAUGGCCAAUGUUCAACUGCAAACUCCUAAUCGAGAUCAACUUACAAAUCAACAACAAUGGUCUUCGUCAGCACCACGUCAAUUCAAUAUGAACAGUAUUCUGGAAUCAGCAGAAACUCAAGAUCCUAUAUUCUUACUAAGAUUAUUCUAUCAAAGACUAUUUCCUUACAAGUUAUAUCACACAUGGUUAAGUUAUGAUAUUAAUACAAGUAAGAACUUUACUCAUAGAGAGUUCAGUUUUACUUUGACCAACGAUAUUUAUAUACGCUAUAAUUCGUUUGCUGACAUGGACGCAUUGAAAAAGGAAAUUGAACGCUUACAACCUGUCAAAAUCGAUAUUGGUGCUGUCUAUUCCGUCAGACCCAAAGACAAGAAAACUGUUAGUGAAAAGGCCUUUCGACCUCUAGAAAAAGAAUUGGUAUUUGAUAUUGAUAUGACCGACUAUGAUGAAAUUCGAACGUGUUGUAGUGGUGGAGACGUUUGUCGUUCUUGUUGGGAAUUCAUGACCAUUGCUGUCAAAGUCAUUGAUACCUGUCUACGUGAUGAUUUUGGAUUUGAACACUUGUUAUGGGUUUACUCUGGACGUCGUGGGGUCCAUUGUUGGGUCAGUGAUGAAAGAGCAAGACAAUUGGAUAAUGACAGUCGUAAAGCCAUCGUUGGUUAUCUAGAAGUUGUGAAGGGUGGCGCGGAAAUGGCAAGAAAAGUACGAUUACCAAGUACAUUACAUCCUUCUUUAGAGCGUUCAUUAGAAAUCAUCAAACCUUAUUUUGUACCUCUUAUUUUGGAACGUCAAGGUGUAUUGGAUACAAAGAUUCAAUGGGAAAAAAUGCUAAACAUCAUAUCAGAUGAAGGCACUCGCAAUGAUUUGAAUGAAUCCUGGUCUAACGAUUCUUCAUUAACAGGUCGUGAAAAAUGGAAUGAAUUGAAAGAUGCAGUCAGAGAUACAACAAAGAGCUACGAUACCACUGUACGUGAUAUUUUGUUCCAAUACUUAUAUCCUCGGCUAGAUGACAAAGUAUCCAUCAAUAUCAACCAUUUAUUGAAAAGUCCCUUCUGUGUUCAUCCAAAGACUCAACGUGUAUGUGUGCCCAUUGAUCCUAACAAUUGUGAAUCCUUUGAUCCUUUAGCUACACCAACCUUGGCCACACUUUGUAAAGAAUUGAACGAAUAUACUCCAUCAUCAGCAAAUGACACGGAACGCAAGAUGCCAGACUUCAAAAAGACAUCAUUGAAGCCUUAUAUCGACAUUUUUGAAAAAUUCGUCAAUGCCAUGGUACUGGAAACUCAACGAGUGAAACGAGAAGAAGCUUCAACAAGCAUGGAAUUCUGAUAAAUCCCACCCAUUAGUGAAUAGAACAGAAACAUUAUUAUUUUUUCUUUGUGACAAACUAAAAUCAACAAGGCAAUGAUAUGAUGAUGUAUAUGUGUAUAGUUUUUUUAUUAUUAUCAAAUCAAAUAAAAAAAAAA